AAGCUAUGUGACGUUGUCUGUGAAAGUGAAACUAAAAUGGUUCUGCUGGGUUUUCACGGGGAAAAACCAGCCAUUAAAUCUACUUUGCUCUGGGUGUCGAUGAUCGGAAAGAAAGGCACCAGAGAAAGAAGGUAGCUUGGGAAACCAUGACGGAGCUUUCUACAAUUUAUAAACUCUCUAUUAUCGCCUUCAUCGGCUUUAUCCAAGCAUGCAGCUCCACCUGCCCCGUGAUGGAGUGCUGGUUCGUGCAGGAGAAGCCGGGCAGAGGAGGAGGUCUAACAGGAGCCACAACGCAGGAGAAAUCUCUGCUGCACAUCAGGACGGACGCACAGAGUGAGGCUGCAGAAGCUCAGCGCGCUCCAGCCGACAUCAACCCCAGCAGAGUUUAUGUUAUAACAGACCCCUCCGCCACCCUCUGCCAUCCGUCCCUCAACCCUCCCAGAGGCUCCAUCAAGAAGCCGCAGUGUGAGAUCAACCCCUUCCUGCCGCAGCCCUCCAGCAUCAAAUGGGUCGCCUCGCUGACAGAACCCGCCCUCAGCCCCCCUUACCUGCAGGCUGACUGGUUCUCCGCCUCCUUCCAGAACCUCGACAAGCACCUCGGCGUCUCCACCAUCUCCCGAGCCCCGACAGGAAGUAAAGAACACGACGUGAUCCUGAGCAUCACCAGUAAAACCAUGUCGGCCAAGUCCAGACUCGGUGAACCCGUCACGCUGGACUGCAGCUUCUGGGUCGACCCGUCCACUCCUCUGUCCGCCUCGGGUUUCGCCGUGGAGUGGCGGUACCAGACCCGAGGCGACGGCCGGCUGGUCCUGGCCUACGACGGGAAGAUGGACCGCCUGGCCGACUCUCAGGAGCGCGGCGUGUCUCUGGACUUCCAGGCUCUGCAUGAGAGAGGAAACGCCUCGCUGGUCAUAGAGGAGGCCAAGGUCCGACACGCCGGCACCUACAUCUGCACCGUCUACCUGCCCUACCUGCUCGCUCAGGUGGCCAUGGAGCUGGAGAUCGUUGAACCUCCAUCCCUCUCCAUCCACCCCUCCCCGCUGCCCCUCGCUGCUCCGGGUCAGAGGGUACAGGUCCAGUGUGAAGCUUCGGGCUUCGCCCCCCUCCCCCUGGAGCUGAGCUGGGAGUUUAAAGGUGCCGACGGGAAGUCCCGGUCUCUGGGAUCAGGCAGCAUGUCGGGACACCGGCAGGCCUGGGACGGCACCUACAGCCAGAGCAGCCGGCUGGAGCUGGACACGUCCAAAAUGGACCUGGGCCGCGGAGGAGAGGUCACCUGCGUUGCUGUUCACGCGGGGGGGACGCGGCGGGCCAGCGUGACGCUCAACGCUAUCGGGUUCAGCAGUCCGUCCAUCGAGGACUCCAUGGCGAUGGUCGGUGUGGCGCUCGUCCUCUACGGCCUCAUCAAGUUUGUGUCGUGGACUUUUACCGGAUCCGGCUCAAAUAAAGCUGAUGAACCAAAUAAGAAAGAAAAGUAAAGAUAAAAGAAGUCGACUGAUUGGAAGUGACACGUUUCAUACCUUAAUGGGAUUUUGGCAGCAGCUCCACCUUCAUGCAGAUUUUUCUUUCUCUCUGUUUUUACUGCCUGGUGGGAAACUUAUGCAGAAUUUACUGUUUGUAUUUUUCUAACAUUUUGUGGUACGAAUUUCCUUAAUAGUGGGGGAGAUAAUCUAGAAAACCCAUCUGUACUGAUAUGUAUAUAUUUGCUUCAAAGUCUCUCCAUUGUUUUUCAAAUUCGUUACAAACACUGGACCCAAAAGUAAUUUAGAUUAACGCUGUCAGCUUUGUUUGGUGACUUUAUUCUUCAGCUAAAGCUCAUCUUCAGUUUAUACCUUUUUGUUCUUGAAUGUUUUGGUCCCACAGGCUGAAUUCUGCAUUAUGUUCUGAAUAAGGAAAUGUGAAAAAUGUUUUACAAACUGCUUCGUUUUAUGCAGGGAAACUUUGACAGCUAUUAAAUUUGAAAUUUUAUUUAAAAUAAAACCGUUUCGAAAGGGUUUAA